AUGUCUAAAGAAUAAGAAUUACAAACUAAAAUUAAAAGUUUAGAAGAUGAUAUACAAAAUAGACAUAGACAAAUAGUAGCACUUACAGAUAAAGUGGAAGAAUUACAAAGAUCAAUCUAAAAUAAUUCAGAAGUAUAUAUAAAAUCAAUAUUGUUUAGGUAGUUGAACUUGGUGAAAAAGUGAGAAUGCUUGAAUCUUAAAAUCUUAAACUAAUAGAAAAGAAUCAAAGUGAUGUUGUGGAAUGGAGAUCUAAAGAAAGAGAUUUUAAUGUAAAUCUAAUUUAUAAUCUAGAAUCAAAUUCAAANUAUUAAAAUAAGUAUAAGCAAAUUUAGUUCCCCAAUGACAGAAAUCAGUUGA